UAUGGAUCCCCCCUCCCUGUCGCGCUUGGUAGCGCCCGCUUUGUCAGCGCUCUGCGCUCGCCGGUUACCCCCCAGCUCUCGCCGGCUGGCUGCAGCCAGCGCCUUCGCGUCGCAGCAGCCGCAGCACCAGCCACUCGGUCUCGGGCUCGCCUGCCCAGCACCUUCCCCCGGGCCGCGGCGGGAAGAGAAGGAGCCCGGGAGCCUCCCCUCGGACGCCCCCGAGAUUCUGCUCGGCUCGCCCGCGUCGGCGAGGCCCGCGGGUGGGUCGGGCGCGCGAGGGGCCGCGGCGGCGGCGGCGGCGGCGGCGGCGGCGGCGGCGUCGGCGCCCGGCAUGUACCAGAGCCCGCGGCGGCUCUGCUCCGCCCUGCUGCAGAGGGACGCGCCCGGCCUGCGCCGCCCGCCCGGCCCGCCGCCGCGCCGACGCUCGCCGGCGCCCGCCGCCGCCCCCCGCCUCGCUUCACCCCGGCUCCUGGCGGUGGCCUCGGCGGCCCGCGGCGUCGCGAGGUCUUGCUCCCGAACAGCGUGUCCCAUGGGAAGCGGCACAAGCCGGCUCUACAGCGCUCUCACCAAGACCCUGGACGGCAGCUCCGCCUCCCAGCACCCAGAGUAUCUGGUGGCCCCCGACCCGGAACACCUGGAGCCCAUUGAUCCUAAAGAGCUCCUUGAGGAGUGCAGGGCCGUCCUGCACACGCGGCCUCCCCGCUUCCAGCGGGGUUUCGUGGAUCUGAGGGCCGACGGCCCCAGUAGUAGCCACACACCCAUCCGGGUCAUGCAGUGGAACAUCCUUGCCCAAGCUCUUGGAGAAGGCAAAGACAACUUUGUACAGUGCCCUCUUGAAGCACUCAAGUGGGAAGAGAGGAAAUGUCUCAUCCUGGAAGAAAUCCUAGCCUACCAGCCCGAUAUACUGUGCCUCCAAGAGGUGGACCACUACUUUGACACCUUCCACCCCCUCCUCAGUAGACUGGGCUAUCAGGGCACGUUUUUCCCCAAGCCCUGGUCACCUUGUCUGGAUGUGGAACACAACAACGGACCGGAUGGCUGUGCCUUGUUUUUCCUCCAGAACCGAUUCAAGCUGGUCAACAGUGCCAACAUCAGGCUGACGGCCAUGACGUUGAAAACCAACCAGGUGGCCAUUGCCCAGACCCUAGAGUGCAAGGAGUCCAGCCGACAGUUCUGCAUCGCCGUCACCCACCUGAAGGCUCGCACUGGCUGGGAGCGAUUUCGAUCGGCUCAAGGCUGUGACCUUCUCCAGAACCUGCAGAGCAUCACCCAGGGAGCCAAGAUUCCCCUUAUCGUUUGUGGGGACUUCAACGCAGAGCCGACAGAGGAGGUCUACAGACACUUCGCCUCCUCCAGCCUCAACCUGAACAGCGCCUACAAGCUGCUGAGCGCGGACGGGCAGUCGGAACCCCCGUACACGACCUGGAAGAUCCGGACCUCGGGCGAGUGCCGCCACACUCUGGAUUACAUCUGGUAUUCCAAGCACGCGCUCAGCGUGAGGUCGGCCCUGGAUCUGCUCACCGAGGAGCAGAUUGGACCCAACCGCCUACCGUCCUUCAAUUACCCCUCAGACCACCUGUCCCUAGUGUGCGACUUCAGCUUUAACGAGGAACGUUGAUGGACAUUUAUACGUGCUUGUCUGUGUCUCCCAAGUCUUAACCAGGGACGUUUCAGGAAGCUGAAAUAAGAUGAGAGGUUGACUGAGGAAGGCUCCCCAGUUCCUCUCACUUCACUUUCCAUGUCUCCAGCAUGCCCUUGGGAAGGAACCCCAUUUGCUCACAAACCUUUUCCAUUAAAACCUACAGCGAAAAAGGUGUUUGCACUCCAGGUUUGGUUUGUAUUGUUUUCUUUCCCUUAGCGUUAAUUACAUUUUGAUCAUUUAAGGGCAUUAUAUUUGGCUUUGUUCCGAAGCUCUUUCAGUUUCAGGAUCCUAUACUGAAAUAGACUUGCUCGAAUCCCCUGUAAUUAACAACGUUUCCAGUUAUUUAUUUGUGGUUUUUUAAAAAUAUCAGCAAGUCAUGCAUGGCAAUAUUUAUUUUUUUUAUAUCUUCGUGUAAAAUUAAGUAAGUAAAUUAUAGCAUUAUGAACAUUUAAAAACCAUGCAAAACAUAAGUUAUAGAGUAAUUCAUAGUAAUCUUCUUAAAACGUUAAAGAUGUUCUUACUUGGGGUCUAAUAAAAUCGUAGUGUACAAAGGAA